AUGAAAAGCGCAAUUCCAUCAGACAUAUGGGAGACCAAGCGGGUCUUGAUUACCAAGUUAUACAAAGAGGAGGAAUGGCCUCUGAAACAGGUGAUGAAGGCUCUCCAUUCGGCAGACUUCCGUCCAAGUGAAACCCAACUGAGAAGCCGUCUGAAGAAAUGGAAUAUCACGAAACCAUCGCGCAAGAAAUGGUCCCCGAAAAGACGCCAGAGUGACUCAGACAAAUCCUCAUCUCCUAAGAGCCAUCCUUCGCCUUUCGCUUUGCCUACAGAUUUUCACAGUGGAGAUGAGGGGGAAAGUGGCAAAGAUUCCCUUGAAAUACAUGCUCCAUGUUCCCCACUAGGAGUGCAAAAUUCGAACCACCCGCAGCAACACACUCCUACAGUCGAGACCUCGGAGUCCCUCGCUGAAAUAUCUAACACAGAAAACACAGCAUCGAAUCUACAAUGCAUGUUACCGCCUGUGCAUAGUUCCCCAGACCUAGCGACCCCCGCAAAACCAACGGAGCAGCCAUUGCCGGACUGCGAACCAAGGCACUCGAUCUUCCAGUGGCCCACAUGUUUGUUCCCUGUGGACCUCGGGGCAAUCAGCACUGCUCUGCCUUCAGACAUCGCGCUGUUAGCGCAGCUAGGCUCCCAGGCAGUGGGGCCUUCAGCAAGCCACUCAGAAUACGAUCCAGGGCUCGAUCUAGCCAGUGAUAAUCCAUCCGAAGGCAACCUAUUUGCGGGUGACUCCAAGCCAAGCCAUGCUUUAUUAUUACCGCAUAGUAGUGAGGAUGCGUCUCCACCAAGUCUGCAGGGGGAAAAUCCCGUGGGAAGCUGGGGAUCGGGGCUGUUCCAGAUGCCUGAUAUUGGCAGCUUAUUCGACUACAACGACAACCCCAUCUCAGAUACCUGCCCAUUUCCAUAUCAACCAUUAAAACUCCCCUUUUUACAGUCACCUGUCUGGCCGUUUCUGGGCGAUUUUCUGUUUGACUGGGAUCAACGUUGA